AAUGGUGUUGCUGGAGGAUAUAUAAGAGGCAAGCAAAGUGCUGUUGGGACAUUCACUUGCGGAAUCCGCCUCGGUGUUUUCACUCGCCUCGACGCAGGUCAAAGGUAAGGGGGUAAAACAAAUAAUUAAAAAAUGGCCUUCGCUGGUGUCCUCAAAGAAGCCGAUGUGAAAGCAGCGCUGGAUGGCUGCGCAGCCGCCGACUCCUUCGACUACAAGAGUUUCUUCAGUGUGUGCGGCCUGGCCGGCAAGUCUUUCGAGGAUGUGAAGAAGGCGUUCCAGAUCAUCGACCAGGACAACAGUGGCUUCAUUGAGGAGGAUGAGCUCAAGCUGUUCCUGAAGAACUUCUCCGCGUCCGCCAGAGCGCUCACCGACAAGGAGACCAGAGCCUUCCUCACCGCCGGUGACAGCGAUGGUGAUGGCAAGAUCGGAAUCGAUGAAUUUGGUGCCCUCGUCAAGGCAUAAAGUCCCCCUGACCAAGAUCCUCUUGAUUUCACAGUCCUCCUCCUCUUUGCGGGAUCCGGUAAUCAUCAGCUGAAAGAAUAUUUUUUAUAGCUUAUUUAUGAGUUGCCUGGGGACUAUUUCGCAACAUGGAUCACAUCUUUUCACUGCUCUGUGUGUGAAUGUUCGGGAACCUGUGCAAGUUGUACACCAUCUGCACUUUUGAGGCAGAGUGAAAAACCGGGAAUAAAUACUCUUUUGGUGUAAAAAUCA